AUGAUCCAUCCCAUCUCAAAGAAGCAAAAAGAGAGGACUGGAGCCUGGCGAAGGGAGGGGGCUGUCAAUAAGCCUCACACUGUGGCUCCGUGGGUCGGACUGGACUCAGGCUCCUCUGUCGGCUGUUGUUCCCCGGACACAGGCCCAGGGCCUCGGUCUGAGCCUCUUCCGUCCCCAGCUCCAGUGACUGCGGCCCGGGAGCGGUGGGAAUUUAUUGGAGAUGAAGCCUCUACUCCAUGA